AGAACUCAUCACCGAUUCAGCCGCUUCACUUCCCUUCCAUAACGAGCUCCAAACCUCAGAAGAAUUGACCCUCCGAGGUGUCUGGCUCGAGUCCGAGGAACCUGAACGGACGGCCCUCAUGCAUGAUUGUCACAUGCGUUUCUUAGCUUCACAUGCACGUCCUCUCCCUUAUUCUAGGGCGUAUGGUAGGAUGGGGCGAGGGGGCAUUACUGGGUAUAACUGUGAACAGAUUCAGGAUCAUCCAAACAGAAAGGGAUCAAAGUGCGGUAACGUCAGCGAUGUAUGUGAUCCUGCUUGAAUGUCUUCUCAUGGGUGUUCCUCAGACCGACAGACUUAUAUACUAUCAGCCUGCAGUUUUUGCAGCAACUUCCAAGGGACUACCGUAUCGGCAAGACUAUCGAAGGACUGGCGUUAUUUGAAGUUCAAAGAAGCUGGAUUCGGCGUUGAGCAUCUGGGUGGUACCACACGGGCGUGUGAAUGAUAUGCCUUCAACUACAAGUUGUCGUCCAUUUGAGUAGGAUGGAUCAAACCUUUGAUUGAUUUAAUAAGAGAUAUGGUUUGGGCGAGGAGAGGUGGAAGUACACGACAGUGUCAGCAUGGACCGUUAAAAACAUUGGUCGAACGUUGGUUGUUGAUUAUUAUACGAUCGCUCUUUAGACACAUCAUGAAAGUCCUGGAGUAACGAUUGAAACGUGAUAUUGAUGCAUAAAGUCAGUCGCUUUCGCUUUCAGCACGG